AUGACAAGAGGGGUCAGUUUAAUGCAAUUUUUUUCUGCAACACUGGCAUGGUUUUUUGUUUAUGGGGUGAGAGGUGAAGACGCAUAUAGAUACUUUACAUGGAAAGUCACAUACGGGACAAUAUCUCCUCUUAAUGUUUCUCAACAGGGCAUCCUCAUUAAUGGACAAUUUCCUGGCCCCCCUCUUGAAUGUGUGACUAAUGACAACAUCAUCGUCAAUGUCUUUAACGAUCUCGACGAACCCUUUCUCAUUACAUGGACUGGAAUUAAUCAAAGGAAGAACUCAUGGCAAGACGGUGUGCUUGGAACGAAUUGUCCAAUCCCUCCAAAAUCAAAUUACACGUACAAGUUCCAAACAAAAGACCAGAUAGGAACAUUCUACUACUUCCCCUCUACUCUGAUGCAUAGAGCUGCUGGGGGUUUUGGGGCUAUAAAUGUCGCUUCCAGAUCAAUCAUACCAAUCCCCUAUCCUACACCUGCUGGAGAAUUUACUUUACUCGUUGGAGAUUGGUACAAGUCUAGCCCUAAGGCUUUGCAGGAAAAGCUUGACUCAGGAAGUCCUCUUCCCCUUCCUGAUGGUAUUCUUAUUAAUGGGCUUCCUCAUAAAUCUGUCUUCACUGGUGAAAAAGGCAAAACUUACAAGUUCCGGAUCUCAAAUGUGGGCAUAUCCACUUCAUUCAAUUUUAGGAUUCAAGGACAUACCAUGAUAUUGAUUGAAAUAGAAGGAGCUCAUACACUUCAGGAAGUUUACGAGUCACUCGACGUUCAUGUUGGGCAAUCCGUUACUGUUUUGGUAACCUUAGAUGCAGGAUCCAAGGACUACUCCAUUGUUGCUUCAACCCGUUUCACGAAACCCAUUUUCACUGCCACUGCAGUACUUCACUAUGCCGAUUCACAGACCCCUCCCUCAGAACCAUUGCCUAUUGGCCCCACUUAUCACGUUCACUGGUCUAUGAAGCAAGCUAGGACAUUCAGAUUAAACAUGACAGCCAAUGCAGCCAGGCCUAACCCUCAAGGAUCAUUUCAUUAUGGGACUAUACCAGUUGUAAGAACACUGAUCCUAAACAACUCUGUAGCUAAUAUAAAUGGCAAGCUUCGGUAUGCUGUAAACAGAGUCUCCUACAUCAACCCCACCACGCCAUUGAAGCUCGCAGACUACUUCAACAUCCCUGAUGUCUUCAACCUCAACACAAUUCAGGACACACCUACUCCUGGCCCUUCAGUCCUUGGAGCUUCUGUCGUAAACACAACUUUCCAUGAUUUCAUCGAGAUCAUCUUCCAAAACAAUGAGAGCAGCAUCCAGUCCUGGCAUCUUGAUGGCUAUUCUUUCUGGACUGUUGGAUUUGGCUCCAAACAGUGGACUCCGGCCAUGAGGCAACGUUACAAUAAGGCCGAUGCUGUUACUAGACACACUGUUCAGGUAUAUCCAAAUUCCUGGAGCGCGAUAUUGGUGUCAUUGGACAACAAGGGUACGUGGAAUUUGAGGUCUGCAAUCUGGGGAAGGCAGUAUUUGGGGCAGCAAUUAUAUGUGAGAGUUUGGAACAAUGAAAAGAGCCCUUACACUGAGUAUGACAUCCCGCAGAACGCAAUUCUCUGCGGCAAGGCUCAGCACACAUAGAAAUUAAGAUUUGUGGUGUUGGAUUUAACUUGCUUAAAAUCAUUUUUACUUUUAUUUGUUCAUUUCAGUUACGAGGGUGUGACUGUCAGUAAGAAAUGGAGAGAUCUGCUUGUGGAGAAAAGGGCAGAAAGAUUUUAGUUGUCACCGUGUUCAGAAUUCUUUAUCACAAUAAACCUUUCCCCCACUUUGUCUC